AUGUUGACGCAACAAAAAGUGUUUUGUCAAACAAACUCAACAACAACUAACAAAAUUAUUGGCAAUAAUAAUAAUUAUACUAAUAGUAGUGAUGUAACCACAAUAGUUAGCCUAAUAAGCACUGGUAGGUCAACAACAACAAGUGAUAGUAAUAGUAAUAAUAGUAGUGAUGAUAGACUUAUAAGACCUAAACUACUGAUUGAUGAAGACAUUGAUGAUUAUGGCAGUAGUAUUGAUGGUGUGAAUACUAAUAACCUAAAUAACUAUACUAACAGUGCAAACAAUGCUGAUAAACUGAUAUCGUUUGUCAAUUAUGAUACCGAUGACACCGAUGACAGCACCGGUAGUCUACAGGCCAGUAAUAGUACCAGCAAUAAUACCAGUGCUAACACCACCAGCACUAGUAGUACCGAUACUACCGAUACAACAACAAACAAUACGUUUGUCGGCGACGAUGAAGAUCUUGGUUACGAUGACGAAGAAAUUGAUGGCUCCGGUAGUGGUGGUGGACAGGGAUGUGAUAGCGGCAAUAACAACGAGGGUGUCCUAUCGAAAAUGAUUGCCAUACAUGAGCUGAAUAAAAACUUAACAUUUAGCAAACGUGUCCCACAUAUUAACGAUACGUUUGCACGUAUCCGACACGUGCGCCAAUUAUAUAGGGAUUAUUUUGCACCGAAAAAAGGUUUCGAUACCGAAUUGUUGGCAUUUGUUUCCAGUAUUGAUAUCGUAUUGAGUCCCGAGUGUUUCGCCUCCUUUUUCUCCCUAAUAUCCGGCCUCCGAAACAAUAAACUAUGGGCUAAUAAAUUUAUGGAUACAAUGGGUCGGAUUAUGGAGACGGGAACGGCCGAUGGGAAACACUCUAGUUUUGGCGAAUACGACGAAUGUCUGGCCAUCGAAAGCCCUGAGGACAGGGGUCUGGUAGUCAAAGGCCAGUAUUGUUUGGUCAAAGUUGUACUACCCUAUCCAGAGGUUGGCUCAUAUACCCCGGGGGAUGGCUACGAUCCCCUAUUUGAUGACCAAGGUAUAGCACCGUUCAAAUAUUUUAACGGUGCCAACUCGACUACCAUUGUAAAAAUGAUUGAAAACCUCAAUCUAUAUCGGGGGUCGACCUAUCGGUUAGGACUGUGCACACCUCACUAUUGUAAGCGCAAUGAAAUCGAGGAGUUUAUCAAUAAAGUUAUGUAUCCCAUAACCAGAUUGCCACUUGAAUUAGGCCGACACUGUAUACGUAAUGAUAAACAAGAGGACUAUACCCUGAUGCAAUUGUUGUCAAUUAUGACACUAGUAGUGCUGACAAUACUGACCAUAACGUCGACGGGUAUCGAAAUCUAUAACAUUGUCUACGAGCGUAGUCUAUCAGAUGAUAGCCAGACCUUGGGAUCGGAUACCAAGUUUGUCGAAGAGGAUCCACUGGUUAUCAGUCCCUAUUACUAUACGUUUUCAUUGGUAACCAAUACCCGGGAACUGUUAGCCUACCCGUCCUCCUCCUCCUCCUCUUACUCGUCCUCCUCAGGGAACGGUAGCCAUCGAAACAAAACAAUCAAUACUCCUAAUAAUAAUCGGUUUGUUUCGUUGGACACCAUCCGGUUGUUUGUCAUUAUGCAUAUCUAUGUAUUUCAUUUGUAUAAUACAAUGGCUACCAUCGGUAUAGUUACCCUGAAACGUGCCUACGCUACCUAUCCCUAUAGGGUACUGGAGCUGGACAGGUAUACAACAUUGAGGAAUACAUUGUUUUUCGAUAUACUAUUUAUUAUGAGUGGUUUUAUGCUAUCAAAUAGUCUACUAAGUAAACUGGAACGUAAUGGGGGGAACACCAGGGUAUUCAACUAUUUCAAAUACAUACUAACCCGUUAUCUGCGGUUUGCUGUACCAUUGUUGGGAUCAAUUAUAUUUUUGUUUGUACUGCCCCUGAUGGGCAGUGGUCCGAUUUGGGACGAGGGCGUACAAUGGGUGACCAGGGGGUGCGAAAAUUGGCAAGUAGUACUGUUUGGUUUUCUAUUUAUUGGCAAUUAUAACGAUCAGUUGGGUAUUAUGGACCGUCAACAGGCUGUUCCCUAUUGCAACCCGAGUACCUGGUUUGUGUCGGCCCUGUUUCAGCUGCACAUACUGGUACCCAUGAUUGUCAUCGUCUAUCACCGUAACUCCCGGCGCGGUCUAUAUCUAGCUUGCGGUGUACUAGCCGUAGGAAUGGUCGUAUCGGUACUGCCGGCCCUCGUCUACAAUAUACUACCGCAAAUGCAAUACAUACAAAUGGACUCGACUGAACAAAUCUACCGGUCCUUUAGCUGGUAUCACUUGUCGACCACACAAUAUCUGGUCGGUUUUGUUACCGGUGUAACCGGCGGUUAUCUAAUCCGACGGGACUGGUCUGGCCUCAGGAUUGAGUACGAAGUGGUCGGUUGGCUGUCGAGUCUAUCGGCUAUUUGUAUUGUCUAUAUGUGGAGUAAUACUUUUUGGAAAGUCCAACGAUCGGCACCCCUCUACUCAGUCCUACUAUGGUUUACAGUGGGAAAGUUUAGUUUUGCACUGGCAGUUACCUGGAUAUUGUUUUGUCUGUGUACCGGUAGAGCAAAAACAUUGGAUUAUCUGCUUUCGUGGCCUAACUUUCAGCCGCUAUCUCGGCUGACGUUUUCAUUUUUUAUGAUACACUUUAUGAUAAUUAUUAGACGGGUUUUUACUGUAAAAGAAACGAUUACUAUGACUGAUGGUCUAAUGAUGGAGUACUCCAUUAUAGACAUUAUCUAUACAUUUAUAUUGAGUUUUAUUUUCUAUUCGCUAAUUGAGGCGCCGUUUACUAACCUAAUGGCCAUUUGGCUUAAAAAAACAACUAAUGAUAACAAUAAUAGUGAUGAAGAUCUAGUCAUCAGCGCUGACAAUGGAUGGGUCGCCGCCUCCUAUGGCGGCUAA